AGACACACACGGGUUGUAUAACAAACACGACAAAGGUUUGGAUGGAAAUGGACUUGACCCAUAUUAUUGCUUUAUGAUGGUGGGACGAUGUGUCGGGAAACAUUUUAACGCAGAUAAUGCUAAGCUUGAUCAUAUUUAAUAUGUUUCUUUUGUAUGGUGUUCGCAAAUAAGGGUGGUGAAAAUAAUACCUUCCUCCAACUGCUGUGGUCAUUUGUGGGACACGCCCGAGUCUAUAGAAGAUAUAUAUAGAAUUAUAGAAGUCACCGAUCUACUCCGAGCAAGUAAUCUAUACAGAACAGCGACAUAUAUGGACAUAUUUAACAGAGCAAGACGUGGACGAGAUACAUGUUUUGAAAUAUUUAACAGAGCAAGACGUGGACGAGAUAAGGAUGAGUUCCAUUCAAAUUCCAGUGAUAGAUCUGAAAGAGGCUGAAAACGCCAGCCAGCGUUUGGGAGUUGCCCAGAAACUUGUAAAAGCACUGGAAACUGACGGUUUCCUCUUCCUUGACAAUGUGCCGGGUGUUGACCUGAACAAAGUCUUCAAAAACAGCGAAUGGUUCUUUUCUAUUCCAGAAACUGAUAAGUCUCAACUGUUGAAGAAACAAUGGAAUCCACAAAAUAAUAAUCGCUAUCGUGGCUAUUCCCCACUUAUGUCGAAUUGUGCAUCUUACAAAGAAGGUUUUGAAAUUGGCGCUGAAGAUGUAGAAUUUACAGACCCCGACAUCCACCCUAUCUUCAAGGAACCAAACGUCUGGCCGCAAGCGCUGGAUAAGGGCGAUCAGUUUAAGGCCGAUAUGAUACAACUAUUCUCUGCUAUGCUGAAGACCGGAAGUGAGGUGAUGCGUCUGGUUGCUAUGGGAAGCGGCUUGGACGAGAUGCUUUUUGAGAAGAUGUUCAGUCCGGAUACUCUUUCCACGCUGAUGUUGCUGCAUUAUCCCACUCGUCCCGAUGUUGCUGCAGCUGCUGCUGCUACUGCUGAAGACGGGACAGUCCUGUCCUGCUAUGAACACACUGAUACUGGCUUCGUGACUCUGCUGGCGACGUUUGACUACACGGGACUGCAGAUCCAGUCAUCGGACGGUCAGUGGUACGACGUACCGCCGAGACCAGGCUCUCUAAUCGUCAACAUCGGAGACGUCUUGUCCCAGAUGACCGGAGGGAGGCUGAAGGCGACACGCCACAGAGUUGUCGACCCAAAGAUCAGUCGUUACUCCGUUCCGUUUUUCUUUGAACCUCGAUACGGUGUCAACAUUAACUACCGUUUAGGUGAUUCUGAGAAGAAAACCCCAGAGUCAGUUUGUGCAUAUGGUCCUUUCAUGAUGGACAAAAUGUUGCAAUUUGUGGAGUAUCGAAAUAUACUGUAGGACAUGUAGUAAAUCACUGAUUUCUAGUAGUCCUGAAAACUACGUUUCUGACAUUAUUAACAUUUAAACAGUUUACUGCACAACCACAAUUACCGAUGUACUACUGACAUUAUUAACAUUUAAACAGUUUACUGCACAACAACAAUUACCGAUGUACUAAGCACUAGAUAUAUUUCAUUUCACUGCUGGUGAUGACUACGUGUAUUAUACCAACGCUGAACAACACCCCAGCAGCAUUAACAUAAAUAUGUGCUACUGAGCUUCUGAAUAUGCACAUUUUAAAACUUUAACCAAAUAAAACGUGUUAUUUCAUCGUC